AUGCUUGACAUGCGUCCUGUCUGGCAAGCGCCUGCCAUCGGAUCCACGGGGCUUGAACCGUGGCUGCUUUAUCAUGCAUUCGUCCAGUGUCUCGUCGCGAUCGCUGCGCUUAUCGCCGCGAACCCAAGUGGAUUGACAGACUCUUUUCAGCUUGCAGGCAGCGUGGUCGUUGCUGUCGCUUUUCUCUUGCAUCAAGGACUAGCUGUCUUGCUGGAGCGACACCCGGAGUCCAAGCAGACGACGAUUCUCUUCUCCUUCGCGGGUUCGCUCUGGCUCUGGCUGUUGUGCCUUCUCUUGUCCAUGGCAGCGACUCGCCUUGCUGAAGAAGAGUUUUACGAGGAGCCCUUUGCAGCUCUCUGGAUUUCUGUUCUGCUCGCAGUCGCAGCUUUCUUCUCGCGACUGCCACCACUGAUGUUCGCACUGCUUGGGCAGAUUGCCGCGCUGCAGCACCUCGCACUGGGCCUAUGGCUGCCAUGCGAGACCUGCGGGAGCUGGCGUUUGCAAGCGCGAGGGCCUGGAGGCUUGCUUUUGGGCCUGAAUGGGCCAUGGCUUCCCGGACUGCUGCUGGCGCUGCUGAACGCCGCACUGAGUGCACUGCAGUGGAGGCGCCACAGCGAGCUUUGCACGUAUGCUGCCAUUGUGAAGCUGCAGAGUCUCCAGGAUUCGAUGCCAUCUCUUCGUGUGGCUACAAGCGCAGACCAGGCAGUCGCCUAUUCGGAGGCACAGAGGCGGCUUUUUGAGCGGGCCUUUGAAGCUUUGGAGCGCUCUCCCUGGGCCUCGGCCCAGGCAGCACUGCUUGCCGAACCACUGCUGCAUGCCGUUUCCAUCUGCGCCCAUCAGCUCCAGUCGCAGACUGCGCAGCAGCGAGAGCUGCAGGAAACUUCGGAGAUCCGGGACCAGAACGUCGCCGGUUGGAUCGGCAGCAUCGGCCGGUCCGGGACCUCCGGGAGCAUAUUGGAGUAUGGACUGCUGGAGAAGUCCCAGUCCAGGGAGGCGGACGCAGAGCUCGUGGAGCUGGGCCCGGAACCUGAGUUGAAUCGAAUACAGGGAGACGAGAGCUUCCAUCUGGAACCAGGAGAGAGUUCGCUGUACAUCCAGAGGCUUACUCCAGCUGUUGUCAAGCAGCUCAAGGCUUCUUGGGAUGCCUGCAUCUGGGUUCCUUUCCGAAAGGUUUUCGCCACGAUCCCAACCUCCAAAGAGAAAUCGCAGACAAGGUCAUAA